AUGGCUGAGAAUGGAACUGCCAGCGCCAACAAGGCUUACUUCAAUAAGCUGGCUGCCGAGUACGACACGAAGUACGAAAAGACUAUUCUGCAGCUUGAAAAGGAGAUUCGCAAGCGCAAGGACUUCAUCGGCGCAGAUUGGGUGAUUGACGAUGACGAUGAUGAUGACAGCGAGAGCGCAGCACAGUCGACGGCGGCGAAUGGUCGGUCUGUGAGACUUCUUGAUUACGCUUGUGGAACGGGUUUGAUAUCGAGGGCCCUCGCGCAGUUCACGACGCAUUGCGUCGGCAUAGACAUUUCGGAAAACAUGGUGGCGGCCUACAACGCCCGGGCCGAGAACCAGGUACGUUGGAAAGACGAUUCUGAUUUUUGUCUGGUUCAAGGCCUCACCGCCGACGAAAUGCACGCCUACCAAGGCAACCUCACGGACCCUUCCGACCCGGCCCCCGCGGCGUUCGCUUCCGACGACGGCCGCUUCCGCGACUUUGACGUUGCCGGUGUCGGUCUCGGGUUCCACCACUUUGAGGACCCGGAGCUCUCGGCCCGCCGGCUGGUGGAGAGGCUGAGGCCGGGCGGGGUGUUCAUCAUUCUCGAUUUCCUGCCGCACGAGAAGAUGGAUCACGCGUUGCCUGCUGCGCAUACGGUUAUGCAUCACGGGUUUUCGGAGGAGAGGAUGAGGAGUAUCUUUGAGCGGGCUGGUGCGGGCGGGGAUUUCAGGAUGGAGGAGCUUGGGAGUGGUGUUGUUUUUGGGGGGCAUGGGCAUGGACAUGGAGACGGUCAUGGACACGGGCAUGGGGAGGAAAAGGAACAUGAUCAUGGCCAUGGCUCGGGACAGGGGAUGAAGAGGCGGGUGUUCUUGGCGCGGGGAACAAAGGCGUAG